UUCAUACCUUUUGCUCUCCCAGGUUUUUUUUAUAUUGCCAUGUCAUUACAUGCGACUGCUUUUGUUUACUAAUUUGAUGACUUUCUAGUGGAUAUUGAAUGAUCUGCUUGGUUUUAUUUAGAAGGCUUAUUGGACCAUGUCAAAUAUGGCUUGGUAUAUUAGUUGUGUGAUGAUAAAAGGAUGCAUAAUUUUUGAAUGCUUGUUGCACCUUGUUCUGCUUUAUAUGUGUGUUGUUUCAUAUUUUUUGAAUACUUCUUGCACUAUGUCAAAUUAGCUUGGUUUAUUUACUUGUGUCAUUGAGUGAUGCAUACAUCUCUAAGCUCUGAAUUAUAUUGUAGUUGUGCCAUGUCUGAGUUAGACAUGGUUUCUUUUAGAAAUUUGUUAGGACUUACCUCACAUGGACUAACGAAAUGGACAUUGCACUAUUGGAGGUCCUGGUUGAGGAUCACAACAAUGGUGAUCGUGCCCAAAAUGGAUGGAAGUCCCAUGUAUAUGUUGCUGUCAUAACCAAUGUACGUGAUAAGUGUAACGAGACCAUCACGAAGGAAAACAUCAUUUCAAGGUGCAAAACUUUUGAAAAGCACUAUGAGGCCCUUAGCAAGAUGCUAUCUCAGAAUGGAUUUAUAUGGGAUUGGGUUAAUCAUAAGCUUUCAAUUGAUAGUGCAGAUGUGUGGACUAAAUAUGUGGCGGCUAACAACAAAAAAGUAUUUUACAAGAACAAGGUCAUUAAGAAUUGGGAUGCUAUCACCACCAUAUACUCAAAGGAUCAUGCAAAUGGUCAAGGUGCUGUCAUGCGUGCUCAAACUAUUUUAGAACAAACCGCAGGACCAACUGAAGAUUGUCCUUAAGUGCGAAAAAACAAAGAACUGGUGAUGCUAUCGUGUGCUUACUUGGGGAUAUGAAAGGCUCAUUUCAUGAUGCUAUGAAGUCACUUGAGCCUUUACAUAUGCCUCAGGUUACACCUCCCACUGAAAUUCUUGCUACAUUUGAAAUGAUCCCUCAAUUGGCUCGUACUGACAUAUUGCAAUCUUAUGGUAAGUUGAUCCUUAGCGAACGCUUGUAACAAGUGCUUCUUGAGCUUCCCAUGGACUUCAAGAAGGAAUGGCUGCUGAUGUUGAAUUACAAGAAUGUCUCUCGAUGGAUAAUAUGUAUGCAUGUUGCUACUUUUAAUCUCUCCCUAGAUGUUUGUAUUGUUGAUGCACAAGACUUGUUAUGUGUUCUAAGUGGUGUGAGGCUUGUCAUAAUAUGUAAUGUUGUU